UUUCCCGCGCUGCGUAACAACACACUCAAGUGUCAGCCCGCAGAUGUAGCAGGUUAGCGCUUUAGCAUUUUGACGCUAGUUUAUAUCGCUACUGCAGCUGUAACUACACAAUAAUGCCGUCCUCAGACUAUGACCAAGCUUCUCUGCCGGAUUUAUUACCGCUGUACUACAAACGACUGUUCCCCUUCUCGCAGUACUACCGCUGGCUAAACUAUGGAGGAGUGCAGAAGAACUACUUUCAGAAUCGAGAGUUCUCCUUCACACUCAAAGAUGACAUCUACGUCCGUUACCAGUCGUUCAACACGCAGAAUGAUCUGGAGAAGGAGAUGCAGAAGAUGAAUCCGUACAAGAUUGACAUUGGAGCGGUAUACAGUCACAGGCCAAAUCAACACAACACCGUGAAGUCAGGGACCUUCCAGGCUCUGGAGAAGGAGCUAGUGUUUGAUAUCGAUAUGACAGAUUACGACGACGUCCGAAGCUGUUGCAGUGCUGCAGACAUUUGCUCCAAGUGCUGGACCUUGAUGACCAUCGCUAUUCGUAUCCUGGAUAGAGCUCUUCGAGAUGACUUUGGUUUCCAGCACCUGCUGUGGGUUUAUUCUGGCAGAAGAGGAGUGCAUUGCUGGGUGUGUGAUGAGGCAGCGAGGAAGCUCUCUGUAGCGGCACGCUCUGCUGUGGCCGAGUAUCUCAGCCUCAUCAAGGGUGGUGAAGAGACGGUGAAGAAAGUGGUGCUGACGGAUCCAAUUCACCCCUUUAUCAAAGAGUCGCUGACAGUGGUGGAGCAUUACUUUCCCCGAUACGCACUUCAGGAACAGGACAUACUGGGUCAGAAGGAGUCUGUAGGAAAAGUCCUGGCACUGACGCCUGAAGAUGUAAGAAAGGAACUGCAGCUGGCGUUCCAAAACGAGAAGAAACCCGAGAAGCGUUGGGAUCUGGUCGUGGACCAAGCCACCAGGAAACAGAGCGCAGCUAAAAAGGGCCAACACUUUGAAAAAGAGAUCAUGCUGCAGUAUUGUUACCCAAGGCUUGAUGUGAAUGUCAGUAAAGGUGUGAACCAUUUGCUAAAGAGCCCGUUCAGUGUCCAUCCCAAAACAGGGCGCAUUUCUGUUCCUAUCGACCUCAAGGAACUGGAUACGUUUGAUCCAUUUGCUGUGCCCACAAUCAGUCUGAUCUGUGAGGAGCUGGACCGGCCCAGGCCAGACGAAGAAGAUGAGAAGUCUGAGGACGCCAAGGAAAACGAGAAGGAUGCAGCAGAGAGGCGGAAGAUUAGAGAUUAUAAAAGAACCAGUCUGGCGAAGUACGUGAAACACUUUGAUCAUUUUCUCGAUGUAAUGGCUCGCUCUUGGAAAGGAGACCUUCUCAGGAAAAGCGAUCUUCAGAAAGAAUUCUGAAUCGGACCAAAGCCAGAGAAUGACAUCUCUGCUGGAGAACUGUUUAUAGCGCUCUAUUAAUUGUGGCUAAUUAAAUGUGGCUGAUGAUGCAAUAGAGAUGAAGUUAAUUUUGUGUAAUGGUGUUGUUACUCUAGAGAACAAUCAUUUCAUCCAAAUCUGUUUUAUUAUGCUCAGUAUGUAUACAUUCAUAAACUGCUAAAUACAUUUUCUCGUUCUUCCUUUUCCUAGUAAAAUAUCUCUUUUAUGUUGUUUGUCUACCUGCUGCCUAAAUGUUGUUGUUGUACAGGCAUUUUUGAAAAUAAAUUUGGUAUUUCUGCUCUUGUAAA